ACAUGUGUAUUUGUUUUGAUUCGCAACAAAAGUGAAUUCCGGACAACUUUUUCGUUAAAUUCCUCCACAAAAUCAUCCCACAAAAAUGUGCAGCAUUGGCGAAGAAGAUUUCGGCGACGAGGGCGGCGUUCAUGCCAUGAUCCCAGAAACGGCAAAACUCACCCUAGAUGAUUCGCUGCAACAACAAACCUGCAAAAGAUGCAAUUUGGAAAAAUGUGUGCUGAAAUUGAGUCACAAAAAAGACCCGGAAUGCGGAAAAUGCUUCAUGAAUUACGUUCGUCACAAGUUCAAAGCUGCUUUGGGAAGUACAAAGAUCGUAAAACGGGACGCUACGGUGCUGCUAGUUGCUGACGAGGCUCCCGAAAGUGUCGUGAUGCUGGAUAUGAUCAAAAAUUGCAUCGAACAGAACAUUCAUCAGCGAUUACAUGUCAAAAUUGUGGGAGUUUUGAUGAUUGACGAGGGAUUUUUGGGCGACAACAGUGACAGAAAUGGUCCAAAAAGCUUUUAUGAGCGUUACAAAUACCUCGGAAUGCCUUUAUUUUACACGAAUCUCGCUCGAAAUCAGGAUUCAGUGAAAAUUAUCGAUGAAAAUUGGCAGCAACUUGACGACGACUCAAAAGAAAAAAGUUUAAAACAAAAAUUAUCAGCUUUGAAGUCCUUAACAUCGCAACAAGAGUACUUACAUAGUCUUCGAGUCGCCGCAUUAUCCUCCGCCGCCACAGAAUUAACCGCAGAAUUCGUUUUUACGCCGGAAAUUAGUCUAGAUUUGGCAAAACUUCUCUUGACGAACAUCUCUUUGGGUCGCGGAGCUUCCGUCGCUCUCGAUGUCGGCUUUUGCGACACGCGCCACGUUUCCUUUCGCAUCAUUCGUCCCAUGCGCGACCUGACAAUCGAAGAAAUUCAUCAUUAUUUGACGCUAAAUGGCCUGUCAGCUGCCUCCUCGACGCGAUUCGGCUUGAAUAAAGGACCCAAUGCGAGCAUACAGAACCUCACGGCGCAAUUUGUGGACGGUUUGCAGCAACAAUUUUGCGGAACGGUAUCCACAGUCUUCAAAACUGGCGAAAGGCUGAAAGGAAAAAACGCGGGAAACGCUGAAAUUUGUAAAGUUUGCCGAUCUCCGUUGGAUUUUGAGAAUUCCGAAACACUUUUUGCCACGGAAUACUCGAGACUCGUGUCGGAAUUUGCGAAUCAGCACAUCAGUGAGCCGGAAUUUAUCGAAGAAAAAGCAAAAGAAGCUGUUCGAGGUGCGGAAAAGUCGAAAAAACAAAAUUUGUGUCAUAGUUGCAGGAAUAUUUUCAUGGGAGUGGAUGACGAGAAUUUGGGAGAUUUUUACGAAAGUUUGUCGUGAUGGAAGGAAAUUGUAAAUAAAUUACCUGAAACUGAUUUUUAUUGAUUUUUUU